ACAAGACUCCACCCACGUAACUACUUGGACCAUGUGCCUGGGAAAAACACAACAUCCGCUAGUUCAACAUCUUUAAGGACUAAAUCAUUUUCUUUCUUAUUUUAGGCACUACGGGUUCACGCGCACAUGUCAAAAUGACGACCUCUGACGUUAACUUUCAAGCUCAAAUCGCAUCUGUUUUAGACGCACUGGUGAAAGUGGCCGUAGUCGAAUUGACGAAACUCUUCGACGGUCACUCAGUCCCCAGGAACACGGUGCUUACUGACGUUCACACGGAACAAAAUGAUACACUGGACUACUUCAAAGGGCCACCUAACAAAACAUUUCAAAGUAUUGCAGUGCAAGUGGACGGAGGACCCCUGUAUUUAGAGCAACCUUUCACAGAUCAGUGUUGCUCCUUAGAGGGGCGUGGUGAUAGUUCGAGAAAAGGCAAGAAGGGGGAGGACACCCUGCUGGUGGAAACUAAUGAGUGUACUGACCUUGGGAGCUUUGUUCUCAGAGAGGAUGAGAUGUGUAUGAGCAGUUCAUCCAGAAACCCUGAAUCAUCCACCGAAGAACUACAUACAAGUGGCCCUGCAAAUAACUGCCACUCCACUGUUCCAAGGACUCUAGCUAAACAGAAACAACGUUCUAAUAAGACAAAAGGAAAGAAUGGAAGCAAUGCUCGGAACAAGGCGAAGCUCCUCCUCCAGAAAGAGGAGACACAAGCUCCAGCUCAAGAGCGUAAGGGUACAGAGCCUGCCCAGGUGAAGCCCCAGGAGGCAAGUGUAAGCACAGCCCAGGAGACCCCUGUCUCCACAGAUGGGACUGUGGCUCAUCUGAGGGUAAGCCUAUGGGACCGCCUGGCCAGUGUUAAAGACAUGGUGAAUGAGCAUAAGAAGCAGACUUCUCAGGACCAGAAACUACUUCAGCCCUGCUCAGUUCAGCUGGUCAACCUGUCUUUGGUUGAGCAUGGGGGGAAGAUGAUCGGCAUUGUUGGUGGCGGCGAUGGUGCUCAAGGAAAAAGGGGUUUCCAAACACCCAAGGACCUCCGCAUCCAUCAGAGUAUCCAUACCGGGCGACGUCUUUGCUGCUUCACCAAGUGUGGCAAUGGCAUCUGGCGGCUGCAGAGGGUGGUCAGCCAGAGCCAGUCUCAAUGUUGCAAGAUAUGCGGGAAGAGGUUUAAGCGCAGGAAGGUCCUCCGAAGACAUGAACGCUUUCACACUGGGGAGAAGCCCUAUAAGUGCCCCAAGUGUCACAAGGCCUUUGCCUUAAGGAAAAGUCUACGCAGGCACCAGAGGUUUCAUACCGGGGAGAAACCCCACAUUUGCCCUCAGUGUGGGAAGAGUUUCCGGCUUCGAGAGAAUCUAAAGGCUCACCUGCGUUUCCACACCGGCGAGAGGCCCUUUACCUGCUCCAUCUGUGCCAAAAGCUUCAGAAUCUCCCGCAACCUCACAGAACACCAGCUCAGUCACUUGUGAUUAAGCAGCAGCUGUUUCUGCUCUUUAAAUGUUCUCUACUUCUUAACUACCUCUUACCAAAAACUAUUGGUUUUAUUCACACUAUAGCUUUCCUUUGGUUUUCCCUGGGCUUCAGCUAAAAAAUAAAUAAUGGAGUUUAUAAGAAAGAACACCAGAAAAAAAUCCUGAGAUUUCUGCACGUUUUUGUUGGAUUGGCCUCGAUGUCCAGUGGAAUGUGAACUGUUGUCAACCUAAUUGAGGACAAGUAGAAUGUUGUGAACAUGCGUGUUUUUACACUGUAGAGACUAGAUGGUAUUUUUACCCCCACUAUGUGUUGUGUUGAUAUAUGUGGAUAUCGCGCUAAUGUGCAAUGUAUUGCACUGAUAGUGCAGACAUAUAUCUACUUUGCUGCUUGUGUAAUGUACUGACACAUUUUUAUGAUUGUGUGUAUCCUUUUAAGGUGUUUUAUAACUAACUUGGUUAUUUUGACUAAGACCCAAUAAGAGGCCAUUCUGUCCAUAGCCAGUCCAUAAACGUCUCAAGAAAGUAGCUGAUGAAAUGAAUAAGGUGAAAACGUACAGUGUGCUUUCAAAUGGGAAUCUAACUCAUCAAGGAUAUCAUAUAUGGACCCAUAUUGACAGGAUGGAUUUAAAUUCACCUAUUGUGCUUCGAGAGAACACACAAUCGUUUUAAUUUCAAGUCAAUCUUUAGUGAUUGAAGUGCACACAAGGGGAUCACUUUUUUUUAUACCUGUAUGUAGGCUACCAUGCAGGAGACAUUCUCCACAGUAGGCUACUGAUUCCGUUUUUUGAAGAACAAAAUUGUUCGUGUUUCAAGAUGAAGCCUGAAACUUACGAUUUUUAUUAAGUUUGGUAAGACUGUGAAAUAUAUUUCUUAUUGGCCUAAUUAUUUUUGUAAUUUUUCAGAUAAUCAUGACAUGCUUUUUUACUUUUAACUAUGUAUCUGUGAAGUAGAAAUGUAUGAAAUAAAUCCCGAUUAAAAACUAAAUAAUCAAAUGACUGAUGG